AUGAUUAGAUCCGUUUUCAUUUGACACGACAGUGCAUUGAAAAUAUCACAUGAAGUAUCGCGACAAUCCACCAAGACAUCAGCGCCAUACGGUUAGUAAGCUGCACGAGCGAGUGCCGAGAAAGAAGAAAAAGACGUCUAAUCCGCGCCUUUGGUAAUCGAUCGGUUAGAGCGAAGUCGCCUCGCGUCGCGACGCGUAUAACACCGUGUCUCGAGGAACGUAACGGAAUCAGAACCAGUAUGGCCGGAGGACCUCAGCUGUUUUCACGUCACUGCCUACGUAUCUAAGAAACGAGGAGGAAAAAUUAGUGAAUCACCAGCACCGCCGCCGUCGUGAUCCGGCGUUGAAUUUAGAAACAGAAGGAAAAAUGUCGUCGGUUAAGGUGGCGGUGAGGGUACGACCCUUCAACAAUCGUGAGAUCUCCCGUGAGGCACAAUGCAUCAUCGAAAUGUCCGGCAGCACCACUUCGAUAUUGAAUCCCAAAGCACCACCGGGUACCAAAGAUGCGAUCAAAAGCUUCAACUACGAUUAUUCUUAUUUUUCCAUGGACCCAAACGAUAUAAAUUAUUCUUCACAAUUGAUGGUCUACAAGGAUAUCGGUGAAGAGAUGUUGGAACACGCUUUCGAAGGGUACAAUGUAUGCAUAUUUGCAUACGGACAAACUGGUGCUGGUAAAUCUUACACAAUGAUGGGCAAACAAGAAGAAGGUCAAGAGGGUAUAAUACCUCAAAUUUGCAAGGACCUCUUUAGAAAAAUCAGUCGCAAUUCAAACGAGUGCCUGAAAUAUUCGGUGGAAGUCAGUUACAUGGAGAUAUACUGCGAAAGGGUGCGAGAUCUUUUGAAUCCUAAGAACAAAGGUAAUCUUCGAGUACGAGAGCAUCCUCUACUUGGACCGUACGUCGAGGAUUUGUCGAAACUAGCAGUGAUGUCUUACCAGGACAUCCACGAUCUCAUCGACGAAGGCAACAAAGCGAGAACGGUGGCAGCCACGAACAUGAACGAGACAUCGAGUAGAUCUCACGCGGUGUUUACGAUAUUUUUCACACAACAAAAGCAAGACUCAGCUACCGGGUUAGUGACCGAGAAAGUCAGCAAAAUUUCACUGGUCGAUUUGGCUGGCUCUGAAAGAGCUGACUCCACUGGGGCAAAGGGUACCAGGUUGAAAGAAGGUGCUAACAUCAAUAAAAGUUUGACAACACUUGGAAAGGUCAUCAGUGCCCUGGCUGAAAUUGCGGCCACUAAAAAGAAGAAAAAGGCCGACUUCAUCCCCUACAGAGAUUCCGUACUGACAUGGCUGUUGCGAGAGAACCUUGGAGGGAAUUCUAAAACAGCGAUGAUCGCGGCAGUGAGUCCUGCAGACAUCAAUUACGACGAAACUCUCUCCACUCUACGAUACGCCGACAGAGCGAAGCAGAUAGUUUGCAAAGCUGUUGUCAACGAGGAUGCAAACGCGAAGCUUAUUCGAGAGCUCAAGGAAGAAAUUCAGAAAUUACGGGAGCUACUGAAACAAGAGGGUAUUGAUGUACAAGAAGGGCCAGAUGGUAAAGUCACAUAUGAAAAGAAAGAAUCUAGAGACGAGAUCGUCAGAGCAAACAAACGCGAGGACGAUGUGAAGGAAAGUAGAUCCAGGAUCCCGUCUCAUACAACGUCGACAAUCGCUGAGGAAGCGGUGGAUCAAUUGCAGGCUUCAGAAAAAUUGAUAGCCGAGUUGAACGAAACUUGGGAAGAGAAACUGAAGAGAACAGAGUUGAUUCGUCUUCAACGCGAAGCAGUGUUCGCAGAGAUGGGUGUUGCCGUGAAAGAGGAUGGUGUCACUGUUGGUGUAUUUUCACCGAAGAAGACCCCUCACUUGGUGAACUUGAACGAGGAUCCCCUCAUGUCGGAAUGCCUAAUUUACUAUAUCAAAGACGGCUUCACGCGUAUCGGUAGCGCUGAAGCAAACAUACCUCAAGACAUUCAACUAUGCGGCCCGUAUAUACUGAGCGAACACUGUGUAUUCGAGAACCACGAAGGUAUCAUUACCUUAAUUCCAAAGAAAAGUGCUUUGAUCUACGUUAAUGGACGCGAGGUGACCGAACCGAUAGUUCUGAAAACUGGUUCCCGUGUUAUCUUGGGAAAGAAUCAUGUAUUCAGAUUCAAUCAUCCGGAUCAAGUACGAGAACGAAGAGAAAAAGGAUCUCCCGCUGAGACACCCGGAAAUGGAGAAACAGUCGACUGGAAUUUCGCCCAGAUCGAGUUGCUGGAGAAACAGGGGAUAGAUCUAAAGGCUGAAAUGGAGAAACGAUUGUUGGUUCUUGAAGAACAGUUCCGUAAAGAGAAGGAAGAAGCGGAUCAGUUGUUCGAAGAACAGAGAAAGAGCUACGAGGCCCGAAUAGACGCUCUCCAGAGACAAGUUGAAGAGCAAAGUAUGACAAUGUCAAUGUACAGCAGUUACACACCUGAAGACUUCAAUAACAUCGAAGAAGACAUCUUUGUCAACCCCUUGUUUGACGCAGAGAGCAACUGGACCGAGAGAGAGUUCCAGCUGGCCGCUUGGGCCUUCCGCAAAUGGAAAUAUCAUCAAUUCACAAGCCUUCGGGAUGAUCUCUGGGGCAACGCUAUAUUCCUCAAAGAAGCUAACGCUAUUUCUGUCGAACUCAAAAAGAAGGUGCAAUUCCAGUUUACUUUGCUCACGGAUACGCUUUAUUCGCCGCUUCCCCCGGAUCUCUUGCCAGCUGUAGAUGAAGACGAAGAAGAGGAACGACCGUUCCCGCGUACAAUAGUCGCUGUAGAAGUACAAGACACGAAGAACGGUGCAACACACUACUGGACACUCGAUAAACUAAGACAGCGCUUGGAGCUGAUGCGACACGUGUACAACGAGGACUCGAGCCCCAGCACUCCGGAGGCCAAAGAGGAUAUUUUCCAAUGUCUAACGGCCUACUCUAAUCCGAAGUUCUCGCUCGCAAAUCUUUUGCCUUCGAGACAAAGACUUGAACUGAUGAGAGAAAUGUACCAUAACGAGGCUGAACUUUCACCUACGUCUCCGGAUUUCAAUAUAGAAUCCAUUACUGGCGGUGACCCAUUCUAUGAUCGUUUUCCAUGGUUCCGAAUGGUUGGCAGAUCCUUCGUGUACCUCAGCAAUCUUAUGUACCCGGUACCGUUGAUUCACAAAGUAGCGAUAGUCAACGAGAAGGGAGACGUGAAAGGCUACUUGCGUGUAGCCGUCCAAGCCGUGGUUGAAGAGGAAAACAGCGAAUACUCGAGUGGCGUCAGACAAUCGGCUAGAAUUUCCUUCGAGGACGACCUGUUCGGUAGCCAGAAACAGAACAAACGUAACACAUUGUUGACUCAGACCCUGGAGAAGAAUCGGCAAAUACUUUUAAACGAAGAACGCGUCGUAGAGGGUCAUAAUGAACAGAAAGACACGAAGGAAGAUGACGAUAUCUGCGAUGCUGACAGUGGCAGGGGCGAUAGUUCAGUUUCUAGCGACAUGAAGGAAGAGGAACUACCGGAUCAUCUGUUACUUGGUUCUGAAUUCACGUUUAGGGUGACUGUACUGCAAGCAAUGGGUAUUUCCACAGAAUAUGCCGACAUCUUCUGCCAAUUUAAUUUCUUGCAUCGACACGAUGAAGCGUUUUCAACGGAGCCAGUGAAGAACACAGGAAAAGGAAAUCCACCUGGAUUUUAUCAUGUGCAAAAUAUUACUGUUACUGUGACAAAAUCAUUCUUGGAGUAUCUGAAAACUCAACCCAUAGUAUUCGAGGUAUUUGGCCACUACCAGCAGCAUCCUCUGCACAAGGACGCCAAACUGGAAUACGUACGGCAGCCACCAAAGAGGAUGCUUCCACCAUCGAUACCAAUCAGCCAACCCGUACGUUCACCAAAAUUCGGAAGCGUUUUACCAUCACCAAGCACAUCUCAUGUACACGCCAAGUACGAUGUGUUAGUAUGGUUCGAAAUUUGUGAGCUAGCACCUAACGGCGAAUAUGUACCAUCCGUGGUCGACCACAGCGACGAUCUACCUUGCCGUGGACUCUUCCUAUUGCAUCAAGGAAUUCAGCGUCGCAUUCGAAUCACCAUCGUUCAUGAACCAGCGUCUGAAUUACGAUGGAAGGACGUAAGAGAAUUGGUUGUUGGGCGUAUCAGAAAUACACCAGAACCGGAAGAGGAAGACAACGACUCGUCGGUGCUCUCGUUAGGCCUGUUCCCUGGGGAGUACCUAGAGGUACCUGGAGACGAUAGGUGCAUGUUCAGAUUCGAAGCUGCGUGGGAUAGUUCUCUUCACAAUUCGGCCUUGCUCAACAGAGUGACAGCAUACGGAGAACAGAUAUUCAUGACUAUAUCUGCCUAUCUUGAACUGGAGAAUUGUGGAAGACCAGCAAUCAUCACUAAAGAUCUGAGCAUGAUCAUUUACGGCAGAGACGCCAGAGUAGGGCCACGUUCUCUGAAGCAUCUCUUCAGCGGAAGUUAUCGCAAUCAAGAAGCGAACAGACUGAGCGGCGUUUACGAGCUGGUGCUGCGUCGUUCUUCGGAAGCAGGUAGCCCAGGUGUUCAAAGGCGACAACGUCGUGUACUUGAUACUAGCUCUACAUACGUGAGAGGAGAAGAAAACCUCCAUGGAUGGAGACCAAGAGGAGAUAGUUUAAUAUUCGAUCACCAAUGGGAAUUGGAGAAAUUGACGAGAUUAGAAGAAGUAGAGAGGGUUAGACACACGUUAUUGUUAAGAGAGAAACUUGGUAUCGAUAAGGUUUCAUUCUGCAAUAAAAUAUCACACGAUUUCACAAAGAGUGAAAAGGAAGUUUGCAAUAUGAUGGCGAAAGCUACAAACGAACCGCACGCUAGUCCAGUCAAAUUGAAACGUUCAACGAGUAAAGAUGUCUACGAACCUUGGGAGAUGACCGAGAGAGAAAGAGAAUUGUCCACAAAAUACAUAAAAUUAAUUCAAGGUCGGAUUCCAAAUAAAGAACCCAUACUACUUUCCGACGUUUCACCCGGAGAAGACACUAUGGCUGAUAUGACAACAUCCAUGAUGUCUUCGGUGAUAUCGUCCUCGUCCCAAGAGUCAGUAUACGAGAGAGCUAGUGAUUACUUAGAGCAGGCUGCUGGUAUAAUAGUAUGGAGCAGAUCUAAGUCGUGCAUCCUUAGGUUGAGUUCACCGGAGAGGGCUAGACUGCAGGAAUUGCAAGAGAGUAUAUUGGCAAGCGAAUCAGCGAACCAAACGUGUACCGUAGCCCCGGCACCAUUAGGUUCCUCUUCCCCGUCUAAGGAGAAUUUGGUGCUUUAUGUACCGGAAGUUGAAGAGAUUCGCAUCAGUCCAGUUAUCGCUAGAAAAGGUUAUCUAAAUGUUCUCGAGCACAAGACUAAUGGUUGGAAGAAACGUUGGGUGGCUGUACGACGACCGUAUGUUUUAAUCUUUCGGGAAGAAAAGGAUCCAGUGGAAAGGGCUCUUAUCAAUUUAGCUACUGCUCAAGUUGAAUAUUCUGAAGAUCAAUUAGCUAUGGUGAAAGUACCGAAUACUUUCAGUGUUGUUACAAAACACCGAGGGUAUUUGCUGCAAACUUUAGGGGAUAAAGAAGUUUACGACUGGUUAUACGCUAUUAAUCCUUUACUCGCUGGUCAAAUCAGGUCAAAAUUAGCGCGCAAAGGACCGACAGCAACGAACCUGAUUAACGCAUCGCCCGUUGGUCUAGCUCCACCGAUAGAUCAACAGUCGAAUCAAAAUAAGUGAGUGGUCGACACGUUGGCCGAGGUAACAAGCGUAAUUACGAAAGCCUCCGAGAAAAUGCUAUGCUGGUCGCACUCGGCCUUCGAGUCCCAUGAUCUUUGUAGCUUUCGAUUUUCGGUAGUCUUCGAUUAUUAAAUGGCUCGGGAAUGCGUAUUAUUGAUCGGUUACUAGAUUUCGAUAGCCGCCGAUUAAUAUGUCGCGACGUCUUGAUUUAAGCGACCGCCAACCCCUUUUAUGCCUGACGACCGAAUAGAGAGAUGCAAAACUAAACGCGGAGGCGUUCGUAUUUCGAAAAAAGAAAGAAAUUUAAAAGAAAAGAAAAAAAAAAUUAUUACUUUCAAUAAUCGCGAACUCUUCCUCUCAUCGAGUUUCUCCGUUCGUUUCGCGACAUAAAGCGAAACGUGUUCAAACGUUGAAGAGACUGUCUAUUGCAGGAGCUCGCGAUUCUCACUCUUACGAUAUGUAUAUUCGAAUUUCUCGGUAUUAGUCGAUCGAAGCGAUUCUCUGAAGCGUGGAGGCGAAAAGGAACGUAUUUAUGCCUAAAUAAAACAUUCCUAAGACGAUCAUAGAGAACGACGGCAAGAGAUACACACUGUAGGUAUACUUACGUAAAAAUUAAAAAAAAAAAAAAAUAGAAAAACAGAGAAGAUGUGGCGCGUGAGGAAGUAAGAAAGAGAGGGAGAGAACGAAAAUAGUGUUUGGUCAAGGGGGUGAAGGGAGAUUAUGAAUUUCUGUGUGUUCAUGCCUGGGAUAUUCUACGCCCGAUAAAAGCGUGUAGAAUCGCGGAUUAUUUCGAACGAAUUAUAAACACGGUAAUCGUUGAAUAAUUAAUUGUUAGCCAUUUGUUUACUUAUUGUGUUAUUGCUAGUCGCGACCGUCAUCGAAAUAAUCCUUUGCCCCCUUUGUUUCGUGUUCUGUAACACGUUCGACGUCUCGAAUACAUGACAAAAGUAGGAUUAUUGAAUCAGCAAUUGGUUUCGUGGCUCGAAUUUUUAUUCUUACUGUAGAUCAGUAUUCGAUUUAGAAACGAACAGUUUGCAGUAUUAUUUAUUAUAAGUUUCUAGGUUACCUUUUUAUCCAUAAUUCAAACAUUAAUCUUAUUAGUUUUUGUUAAAGUUCAUUUCAAGGGUCAUCAUUUUUCUAAUUGAUUUUAACAUACAUAUGUAUACCAAAGAUUUGAGAGAAACGAAUACCAAGUAUCCCACUGGAUACCAGAUUAUAGUAGAAACCUUAAAAGUUUCGAGACGGAUUAUUUUCUCGGUCAUUUUAUACGCGGUGGCCUACCCACGAAUGUACGCCCCGUUCCUGUUACCGUUUUUGCUUACUAACUGUUGUAGAAUAUGAUAGUUUUAUUUUGUUAAUGACGACACGCGUAUCGGGAAAAGAACGAGAAAACGUAAUCUAAUAAGUUGUACGCACUCGGCAUUUAACCCUUUGAAGCAAAAGCAAUUCGACGAAAAAAAAAGAAAAACAACAUUGAUCAUUUCUUUUCUACUUUUAAUAUAUGUAUAGCUUUUACCUUGUAGUAUUUAUUAUAGUUAGUUGAAUUGAUAUACAUAUUAUUAAUUUUCUUUUAUGUUACAUAUUCGUAGAUGUAGUAGCAUUUAAAUUGUAAUUGUACCCCUUCGUUCAGGGCUAUAUCGUGAUUAUUCAUAAUUGUAAAUUGGAAUUGUCAGUGCAUUUACUUAACAUUGCCAAAUGCAUAUUGUAUUCAACGAUCGCAAGUUUUCGCGUGAGUAGUUGCUCUACGAUUCAAAGUACAACUAUCAUUUGAUAUUAUAUGUAUAUUACAGGGAUGAAUUUAAUUUUAUUAAAAAUUUUUUUAAUUUUUUAAUUUAUAGCGUUGCAGAAUAACAAAAACAAAUGAUGGACAAUAUUAAUAAUUAUUUUAUUAAAAUUUGUUUUAAAACGCCCUUAAAAAUAAUUAUAAUUAAAAAGUCAGAUUGAUGAUAUUUCCUCUUUUAGAAUAAAAAGAGUGGUGCAAUAUUGGCUAAUAUUUAAAGUUAACGUUCUUUUAUCUUUCAAUCUGUAAGAUAAACAGUGCAAUAUUAUUUAAUCUUUUUUCAAUUUCUUCUUUAUCAAGAGAUAACUCAGCAUGUAGUAUUGUUAGAUUGUUAUUCGUGUUUAAUAAUGUACCAAAAAGACUCCAGAUCCUGUUGAAAAUAGGGAUGGAAAAAAUCCAUGUAAGAUAAAUAUAAGAGAUAAAUAUAAGAAGUAUAAUAUCCAUAACUAACUGACAAAAGGCACAUUAAAUAUCUGAGAACUGAACGAUAUAAGAGGUAUACUCUCUGUGCAUUGAUAUUUUCUAAGAUGUUUAUUGUAUAUCUAUAAAAUAAUUGUACUUUAACAAAUAUAGAAUUAAAAUGAAGACUUACGAGAUGCGCUUUUACACGAUAUAAAGAACAAAAAUAAUCUAUGCAUAAUUAAAUUGUUCGGUUUUUUUAAUACGUAAGAAGAAGAGAAGAAAAAAAUGCAUAAGGAAAUAAUACCAGCGCAUAAUACAUUUAACAAACAUUACUUACGGUAAUAUAGUAUUUUACAUUUUUAUUAUACAUUUUUAAUCAUAUUAUUUAUGUAAAAUUUAGUUCUUCUACUACAUAUAACAAAGUGUAUAUGUAAGUAAUAUGAAGCAAAAAAGGGAAACGUUGCUUCAGGGGGUUAAAGUGUUAAUUUAUUAUUAUAGAAAAGAAAAAGGAAAAAAAAAUGAAAUUGGAAAAUGGAAAAAA